AUGGUGGAUUAUCACUUGGUUAUUCUUGUUCAUGGGUAUGUGUAUAACCAGAGUUGUUCGAGUCAAAUUGUAUAGAUAUAUGUACUAACAGAACGUUCUUUUUUUUUUUUUUGCUAGAAUUUGGGGCAAUUCGUCACACUUGGCUUAUAUCGAGAAACAACUUAAUGAACAUAUUAAACCCACAGAUGGCAGCAAAUUGUUGGUUCACAAGACCGGGUCGCAUUCAGGGUACCUUACCUACGAUGGAAUUGACGUCAAUGGUAAAAGAAUCUGCGACGAAAUAAGAGAGGAGGUCCAGAUGGUUCAAAAUGAAGGCAAUAGAGUGACCAAGUUUUCGAUAGUUGGCUACUCGUUGGGUGGAUUGAUUUCAAGGUAUGCCAUUGGGAUCUUGUACAGCCAGGGUUUUUUCAAAGAGGUGGAGCCAAUCAAUUUUGUUACCUUCUGCACUCCUCACAUUGGGGUGUCGAACCCCCAGACUCAUAACUUGUCAGUUAGAAUCUAUAACAAGACUGCGCCAUUUUUCCUACUCACCACGGGAUCUCAGUUUUUCCUUAGAGACCACGUUGGGACGCACAAGAAACCGUUGAUUGCAUGGAUGGCAGAUCCAAAUUCGCAAUUCUAUGCAGCGUUGAAGAGUUUCAAAUACAGGUCGCUCUAUGCCAAUGUGGUCAAUGACAAGAGGUGCUCUUGGUUCACUGCUUCGAUAACCCCGGGUGACCCGUUAAACUCAAUGUACAAUAAAUCUCCAAAGAACAUCAUUUGUGAAUAUAUCAAGGGCUACGAGCCCAAUGUCAUUGACUAUACAAAGCCAUUGCACUAUGAAAAGAAAGACGGCGAUGAGCCAGCUUCGAAACCUAGGUUCAGUGGGUUUUGGAAAACGUUGAACUGGUUACGAAUCAUUGGCAAUGUCAUUGUGCACACGCCAUUCUGGGCUCUAUCCUUCGUCAUAACAUCAAUCGUCGAGAAAAUCAAACUGAUGAGCAGACUACGUAAAUUCAAUAGCCAGUUAUCAAACCGGUUAUCCCAUCUACACGAGUACCAUGAAGACACGUCGCUCUUGACUGAUUUUUCAAACAAGUUGGAAGAUGACCAGGACAAUUUGGUUGAAGAUGUAUACGGAGCCAUGAACUGGAAAGUGGAACACUCGGCCAAGUUCCCCAAGAUUAAAUUGGAUGCAAAUCAGUCAUUUGCAGUGGAAAAACUAAACACUCUUGGAUGGAAGAAAUAUCCUGUCAUAUUGAGACACACUCCUGCAACUCACGCAGGUGCAAUUGUGAGACACGCAGAUCCCAAUUUCGAUGAAGGUAAGGUUGUUGUAAGACAUUUCAUCAACGAGGUAUUCAAGUUGGAGUAG